CAGUCUCUCCUUGCUCGCUCGCAACUCGCACGAACGAACCCACCUCCCAUUUCUCAAAUUACAUGCCAUUUUCGCUCUCUCUCUUUCUCUCUCUUUCUACUCUGUGGUCUCCCUAGCUUCAGGAUAUUUGCGCACCAAAUGUCUUUGGAUCUCUACAACAAAGAUUUGUCUACUUUUCGGUGCAAUUUUAGUUUCAUGAUUAGGGGGAGGCUCUGGUGUUGGCGGAAGGUCUUGUUUCGACAUUGGAGAUGACAGUUUGCUUUUCUUUUCUGGGAAGUAUCAUUUUAAUUGCAGUCUAAAGUAGAGUUAGUUCAUCGUUUCUGUGGAAGGGAGUUUGGUUACUUGUUGGUUAAGGUACAGGGUAUUAAGCAUUGUUAUCUCCACUGCUCUGAGGAAUUUGUAUACUUGGUUUCUGAAGUUAUGGUAUUGUGGGAUAUUAUUUUGACUUUCUUGAUGGGGGAGAGAUCCUUGCUGCCUCCUGGGAUUCGAUUUCAUCCAACGGAUGUUGAGCUGGUUUUGUACUAUCUAAAGAAGAAAGUCAUGGGUAAAAGGCUCCGUUUUGAAGCGAUUCCAGAGGUUGAUAUAUACAAAUUUCCCCCUUGGGUUCUUCCAGAGAAAUCUAUUUUGGGAAAUGGGGAUUUGAAAUGGUACUUCUUUUGUCCAUUGGAGAAAAAAUAUUCAAGGGGGGCUAGAAUGAAUCGCACUGCUGAAGGUGGGUUCUGGAAAGUCACUGGAAAUGAUAGACCUGUUCUUCACAAUGAAGACUCGGUGGGGUCUAUAAAAACGUUGAUUUUCCAUGAAGGAAAAGCACCAGGGGCUCGAACGGAUUGGGUCAUGCAUGAGUACAGACUUGAAGACAAGAAUUUGGCCGAGAGAGAAGUUGUUCAGAACGACAAAUAUGUGCUUUGUGUGAUUUUCCAAAAGGAGGGCCGUGGCCCAAGAAAUGGUGCUCAAUACGGAAAACCAUUUAAGGAGGAAGAUUAUAACGAUGAUGAGGAAGUUGGCGGUGUAGAAUCUGGCCCUUCUGCUGGUUUGUCUACCCCAGCCUAUAUGCUGCCCAGUAACUAUAACAGUUCAGUUGCUACUGGCACCUUGCAAUUGGGGGGUACAGUUACCGUGUCAUGUUUGUCUGAAACCAUGCCAUCCCACUGUGAGGGGCUCCCAGCAGUUGGCUGUGGAGAAUCUGGCCCUUCUACUGGUUUGUCUACCCCAGCCUAUCUGCUGUCUAGUCACUGUAAGAGUUCAGUUGCGACUGGCACCCCGCAAUUCGAUGGCACAGUUUCCAAGUCCUGUUUGUCUGAAACCAUGCCAUCCCAAUGUGAGGAGCUUCCAUCAGUUCGUGCCAACAAUGUUGUUUUAAAGGAAUUGGGUGAUGGUGAUAUCCUUUCAACGGUUCUCGGUAAUAAUGUUGUUUCAGAGGAGCUCCAUCAAGAUGAUGAUAUUCGUUCAAUGAUGGAUCGCUUUAUAGAGGACAACCCUUUGGUUUCAAAUGAAGAUGACAAAUAUAAGAAUCCCGGUCUUGAUGGAAAUGGUAUUUUUGAUGACUUGGGAGAUCUGCCUCAUUGGGACCAUUAUCUUGAUAUGACUGAUCUCGAUGAGCCGCUGAAUAAUUCUGAUGUGCUUCCACAAUAAAAUUCUGUUAGGAAGUGUUCUUGAAAACAAUCGUAUUGUGUGAUGGAUUUAAUUUUCAAGCAUUUGAAAUCUGUUCAUUUUCUAUAAAUCACAUGUAAGAAUCUAUCAGAUUUGCCUUGGCUUAUUUGCUCUCUAUUAAUUUACCAGAUUUUCUUA